AUGUCUCCUUCUGCAACAUUUCCCAGUGAAUCCACUGCAGCCCCAACUGCAUCUUUUCCGGAAGUUCAUAUCCCCAGUGAUAAGAAGGCGGGCCUCCGUACCAUAUCUUUAUACCAGCUUCAGUCUGGUUCAGCCUCAGAACGGAAUCUUUUGCUUGAGACUUGUAUGAAUGAUGGAUUUUUCUACCUUGACCUCUCACACCCAAACUUCGCCUCACUGUUGGCUUUCGUUGAUGCUACCUUCAACUGCUCGAAGGAGUUGUUCAACUAUCCACCUGAAAUCAAGUCCUUGUUUGACGUGGACAAGAUUUCCGACUUGAAGGUGAAUGGCUAUAAGCCCAAGGGCCGAAAUGUUGUCGGUAAUGGAAAGGACGGCAAGAACGAUGGGUUCGAAAGCUGGGUGCUUCCACGAAAUGGGGUCCUUCAACUCUCAAAUGAGCCUUUCCCACAUCCCCCAGUGGUUGCCAAUCAUCUCCCGGAUAUUAGUGGCCUAUUUGAUGGUCUCAGUUCAGCUGCACAUGUUAUACUUAGCUCCCUCUCUGAUAGCCUUUCCUUGCCCGCUGGUCAACGCCUCGAGGACUUCCAAGGGCUGAACCGCCCAUCACCCGAUAUCCUACGUGUGCUCAAGUACCACGCAAACUCAAACACUGAUAUCAUUCCACAGACGCCCCACACUGAUCUCGGCAGUCUGACAUUUGUAUUUUCAACGACUCCUGGCCUCCAAGUCCUUCCCCCAGGCGUCCAGCAAAAGCCUGGCGCAUACAGUGAGUCUGACUGGCUCUAUGUUGAGCCACGACCUGGGCACGCCAUUGUGAAUAUCGGUGACUGUAUCACCCUCAUGACCAAUGGUAUCCUCAGAAGUGCUCUUCACCGAGUUGGCCCUGUUACUGGAUGCGCAAUGCCGGAACGAUACAGCAUGGCUUAUCUCAUGAGACCUGAGGAUCAAACAGUGCUGCGCGCUCUAGAUAGUCCCCUCAUUCCAAAAUCUACCAUUGGAGAAGACGUUGUUACGAGCGGCGCCUGGAUUAGAAAGAAAUUCAAGGCUCUUCGCGGCCAGAAAGAUGCUGGAAAUUUUGAUCAAAUUCUUACUGGAGGCAGGGGAAUUUUGGUUUAG